AUGGAGGAAGAAAAACACGCAAAAGUUGUUCCGUCAAUGGUACCAACGGUUGUGAGCGGAUUAUUUGACAAUUCUGAUGGAUUUACUGAUAAUUCGGAGUCAGAUGAAAACACUGACUAUUCAACGUCAAAUAAUGUUGGACAUUGCAGCACAAUAAACGCAAACGACAUUAGAUCUGAUGCAAGUUCUGUGAAAAGUGUCGAGAAAUACGCAAUUGUGAAUUCUAAUGGUGCAUGUGGAUAUACAAAUACACGUUAUAACUCUGACGUCAUUGUGUCAGAUUACGGCAAUGAUGACGUCGAUGACGUCUCGCGACGCGAGCUUCUAGAAAACGGAUUAAUGCCGUUUAUAAAAGAGGAACUGAAAUAUUCCAUUCAGACGAAACGGUUGAAGGAGGGAAAGCAGGAAUUGAAAGUGGAAUUUAGCCCUCCCUCGGAAGAUGUGCUUACACCGGAAGAGGAAGAGCGGGUGGUAAAACGGCGCGUGCAGAACAGAAUGGCCGCGCGCCGCUUCCGGGACAAACAAAAAGACAGAGCCCACACUUUGCAAAAGGAGUGUCAUCGACUACAAAGCAUUCAGACGGAGUUGAGGUACGAACUGGCGCGGGUACGAAAAGAAAGGGACGAAUACCGCCGUGCGUUUGAUCAACACAUGGCCGUCUGCCCGCUACACACAAUAAACGCAAGUGACUUUAGAUCUGAUGCAAGGUCUGUCAAAAAUGUCGGGAAAUACGCAAUUGUAAAUUUUAAUGGUGCAUAUGGAUAUACAAAUACAAGUUAUAUAGCUGACGUCAUUGUGUCAGAUACCGACAGUGACGUAAAUGACGUCUCGCGACGCCAGUUUCUAGAAAACGGGUUGACGCCGUUUAUAAAAGAGGAACUGAAAUAUUCCAUUCAGACAAAACGGUUAAAAGAGGGAAAGCAGGAAUGGAAAGUGGAAUUUAGCCCCCCGCCGGAAGAUGUGCUUACAUCGGAAGAGGAAGAGCGUGUGGUAAAACGGCGCGUGCAGAACAGAAUGGCCGCGCGUCGCUUCCGGGACAAACAAAAAGAAAGAGCCCACACUUUGCAGAAGGAAUGCCAUCGACUAGAAAGCAUUCAGACGGAGUUGAGGUACGAACUGUCGCAGGUACGAAAGGAAAGGGACGAAUUCCGCCAGGCGUUUGAUCAACACAUGGCCGUCUGCCCGCUACAGUUUCCCGCGCAUUUCAUCGCGUCAACUUCGAACUCUUGA